ACACAGUUGCUUGUUUUCAAUGUCCUGAUGAUCAAUAUGCAAACCAUGACAAAGAUGGGUGCAUGAUGAAGACAAUUAGUUUCUUGUCUUAUGAAGAGCCUUUAGGACUCAGUUUCACCACUGUUGCUAGCUUAUUUUUCGUCACUACAACAUGGGUACUUGGAACAUUUAUUAGGCACAAAGGCAGUCCCAUCGUCAAAGCCAACAACCGGGAUCUCACCUACACUCUCCUCAUCUCCCUUCUCUUCUGUUUCCUCUGCUCUUUGCUCUUUCUUGGACAACCUGAGAGAGUCACCUGUCUCCUCAGACAGUCUGCAUUUGGUUUCAUCUUCUCAGUGUCCAUUUCUUGUGUGUUGGCCAAACGCAUCCUUGUUUCUCUCGCCUUCAUGGCCACCAAGCCAGGAUCUCAGAUGAGGACAUGGGUAGGGAAAAGACUGGCCAUUUCUAUUGUCCUUUUCUGUUCUCUCCUCCAAGCGUGCAUCUGUAUUGUGUGGUUGUCAACCUCUCCCCCAUUCCCAGAGUUAGAUAUGCACUCAGUCACUGAAGAAAUGAUUCUACAAUGCAAUGAAGGGUCAGUCUUUAUGUUUUACUGUGUCCUGAGCUACAUGGCGCUCCUUGCCUUUGCCAGCUUCAUUGUGGCUUUCCAGGCUCGUAAACUUCCUGACAGCUUCAAUGAAGCCAAGUUCAUCACCUUCAGCAUGUUGGCCUUCUGCAGUGUGUGGAUCUCCUUUCUUCCAACAUAUCUGAGCACUAAGGGAAAAGCCAUGGUAGCUGUGGAGAUCUUCUCCAUCUUGUGCUCGAGUGCUGGGCUCCUAGGAUGUAUCUUUUUCCCCAAGUGUUACAUUAUUGUGUUGAGGCCUGACUUAAACAACAGGGAGCAACUGAUAAGAAGACAUGUUUAA